UCUCAUAGACAACAUUCAAAUACCACCAUCCCUUCUUUUUUCAAACACUCACGCCUCUCUCCUUUCUAAUUUUCAACCCAAAAGAAAUAAAAUGAACUCGAAAGGAUUGUCUUCUUCUUUAGGGAAACCCCAUUUUUAAAAAAUAAGGAGAUUUUCAGUUUCAGCUGUUGAGACCCCAAAAGGCAAAGAAGCAAUGGUAGCAGAAACUUGGAUACAUAAACUGGGAAGCCAGGUAAGUUCCAAUCUUAAACAUGCUUUUCUUCUCGACCCUUCUUCCAAGAAAAAGAACACCCAAAACAACCCAACAUCCAAAAAGCAUGAAACUGUCGGUAUCUUGUCUUUUGAAGUUGCCAAUGUCAUGUCCAAAACUAUUCAUCUCCACAAAUCCCUGUCUGAACCCGAGGUUUCUAAGCUCAAAUUCGAGAUCUUAAACUCCCAAGGCAUUUCCAAUUUGAUUUCUUCUGAUGAGAAUUACCUUCUCUCCCUUGUUUUAGCUGAAAAGCUCGAUGAGUUAAACAAGGUUGCCAAUGUUGUCUCUAGACUAGGCAAAAAAUGUAAUGAACCUGCUUUAACAGGUUUUGAACAUGUUUAUGGAGAUGUAAUUAAUGGGGUUAUUGAUGUUAGAGAGUUAGGAUUUUUAGUCAAAGAUAUGGAUGGAAUGGUUAAGAAAAUGGAAAGCUAUGUUAAUUCCACUGCUAAUUUGUAUAAUGAAAUGGAGGUUUUGAAUGAAUUAGAACAGGGUUCUAAGAAGUUUCAAGCAAACCCUCAUGAGGAAAGUAAGAGAGCUUUUGAGCAAAAAUUGAUUUGGCAGAAACAAGAUGUUAGGCAUCUUAAAAAUGUUUCACUUUGGAACCAAACGUUUGAUAAGGUUGUUGAGUUGUUGGUUAGGACUGUUUGUACUGUUUUUGCUAGGAUUCUUGUUGUUUUUGGGGAGUCUUCUUUGAGAAAGGAUAGUGAAUUUGGGAGGGUUAAUGGUGGUUUUCGUGAUCGAGACGACGUCGUUGUUUCGAGGCAUUUGAAACGGGUUCUUAGUAAGAGUAGUAGUGUUGGGAGUGUUCAGCCUGGGAAUGUGACGGAGAAACGGGGAGUGACUUUGAAGCAUAGGGGGAUUGAUUCUCGAAAGGGUGAGUUCGGGUUGUUUGGAGUUGAGGAUUUCGGUUUUGCUUGUGGGACUAGUCCUGGGAGGUUUUUCACUGAUUGCCUUAGUUUGAAUUGUUCAGUUUCAAGGUACGGGGACAACGGCAAUGAUGAUGGUAACGUUGGUUGUGAUAAUCGAAGUAGCCAGAUUUCGGGAUGUUGUAGUGUUGCAAAUGAUGGGCCGAAGAGAGAGCGGCAGAAUAGCUCCCCUUUUCUUCAGUCCCAAUGUAGUGUUCUUUUGAAUGAAAACCAGAGACAAUCCAAGUUUGGUGUGUUGAAUAAUGCACAAUUUGGUCCUAAAAGUAGGUUAGCAGUAUAUGCUUCACCCUCCACUGUGGGAGGUUCUGCUCUUGCCUUGCAUUACGCGAAUGUAGUAAUCGUCAUUGAGAAGUUGCUGCGGUACCCUCAUUUGGUCGGCGAAGAAGCUCGAGACGAUCUGUAUCAGAUGUUGCCAACAAGUCUGAGACUGUCUCUGAGGACUAAUCUCAAGUCCUAUGUCAAGAGCUUGGCGAUAUACGAUGCUCCAUUGGCUCACGAUUGGAAAGAAACUCUCGACGGGAUAUUACAUUGGCUUGCCCCAAUGGCACAUAACAUGAUCCGAUGGCAAAGCGAGCGGAAUUUCGAGCAGCAACAAAUUGUUACUCGGACGAACGUUCUUCUCCUCCAAACAUUAUAUUUUGCAGAUAGGGAAAAGAUCGAAGCAGCUAUCUGUGAGCUUCUUGUUGGGUUGAAUUACAUAUGCCGUUACGAGCAGCAGCAAAACGCCUUGUUGGAUUGUGCAAGCAGUUUCGAUUUCGAGGACUGCAUGGAAUGGCAGAUGAAAUAUGGAAAUUUGUACAUUGAUUAAUUACGAAGUUCGAAUAUUACAAAUACAUGUAGAGAUUUGUAGCCUAUUUUUCUUGACCCUCGUAGUUCAACAAGAUGUUAAUAUCUCAGUUACGCAUGGAAAGGCUUUCCCUGUAAUCAAAGCUUGAAGUAGAUUAAUGUAUCCACUUUUGAAGGUAUGGGAAAUCUUUACUUCUUUAGUAUAUAUAA